AUGAUUAUUUUUUUAGAGUUACUGGCGUUGCUUAACAUCAUACCUGAAUGGCUUUGCAAACAACGUCAAGAAAGGUUAUUUGCUGGGGAACCAUUGUUUGCACACAUCAAGCUCCUAAAAGAGAGAAAGAUUCAUGUGGUUCCUGCUGCUCAUUCACAUGAACUCUUAGUUAAUUGGCAGGAACCUUGCAUUGUAUUCUGUCCUCACUGGAGUUUGCGUAUGGGUCCUAUUGUUCAUUUGCUUCGUCGAUGGUGUGGUGAUCCAAAAUCUUUACUUAUUAUUGAGGGUGUUUUGAAUCUUGAGCUAGCACUUUUACCUUUCAAUCCAGUUGCAAUGAAGGUUGCAGAAAGUUAAACCUUUACUAGAGACAUUGCAGCCAAAGACAGUUCUGUGUCCUGAGGAGUUGAGACCGCAGAUCAACUUGUCAAGUGAAAAGUCUUUCUCCAUUUUAUAUUAUACCGAAGCUGAAACUU